UUAGAAGCUAUGGAAAAGCGUUACACGGUGGAAAAGAACCCGGAGAGCUACGAAAAGUACGAGUUUACGUUGCCGGAGCUCUAUCAAAAGAUCGCGAAGGACGAGCUACGGGAGGAUGAUGAGAUUCGGGAGCAAUCACUGACGCAGAUGCGCGAAUGGAUCGCCAAACAUCCGUACAUCCGGAAGUGUCGCACUGAUGCUAAGUUUUUGCUUCGAUUCUUGCGUUUUCGCAAGUACUCUGUGCCGAUGGCAUGUGAGGCUCUCGAGCGAUACCUCGCGAUGCGAGAGACCUUCCCGAAAUGGUUCAAAAACCUCGACUACAAGGAAACAGCUAUGAGUGAAAUGCUGAAGGAUGAAGUGUUCGGAAGUCUCGGCCAGGAUGCGGAUGGACGUACCGUUGUUUAUUUCCGGUUCGGUCAUUUCAACAUCGAAAAAUUUGGUCCUCUACAGGAGGGUCGAUUCACGGCGUUGUUGAUUGAAUGUCUGUUAGAGUGGGAAGAGCUGCAGAUCGGAGGAUUUCGUGUGUUGGUCGAUUUCAAUGACACCGUCAUGAAGCAUUACGGUAUCUGGGGUGUUUCCGAUAUGAAGAUUUUCAUGGACGCAAUCAACCGAUCGUAUCCGAUCCGGUUCCGUGAGAUUCAUGGUGCAAAGUUUCCCAAAUUCGCCAUACCGAUACUAAAUUUACUCCUUACAUUCGCCAGCCCAAAGUUGAAGGAACGCAUAAAAUGCCACAACAGCGUCGUGGAAAUGGCCAAACAAUUCGACGAAUCACUGCUACCGAAGGAGUGUGGAGGCAAACGCGAUCUACAGGACCUUAACCAACGUUUUCUGAAACAUUUGGAGGAAUGCCGAGAGGCCAUACUUGGGCUGGACGAGAUGGACAUCGACACUACUCACUACGUUUCACUGUGGCAGCAAAGCCACGCACCGAAUAAUGAAAUCGACAGUGGUACGAUGGGAAGCUUUAGGAAGCUAACCGUGGAUUGA